CUGACAUCAUUACAAGGUUCCCGAACAAGCAUAUUUUGAAACAAGCCAAGCAUGAGAACAGCCUCUCAUACUUCAACAGGCGAUGAGAAAGUCGACCACCACCACCCAUAUCCACCACCACGUUUCUGCUCCAGGAAUGGACUUGGCCGGACAUCUUUACGAUUCGUUUCUCCAUGGUUAUACAGCAGAUGUUAUCUUGCGGGUUGCCGGGACUUGGUGUGCCAUUUAUCGACUUCACCGCGUCGUUCUCAUUCAGGCAGGAUUCUUCCGCACGCUAUUCACGAGUGACUUCGAAGAGGCGAAAAGUGAGAAGAAGGAGAUUGAUCUAGUUUUCGAUGACACCAAUAUCACACGAGCGGCAUUCGAGUUCUGCAUUGGGAGGUUAUAUGGCGGAGGGCCGCCUUUGUAUAUCUAUCCAGAAUUAACAUCAAGCCCUACCAAACCGCUCACACCUGUCUUUCCUUUCAGUCCACCCAUCACGAGUACAGCACCCGACAAACACCAACCUGCGUCUCCAAGAUUUCUUCUCUCGUUGCUAGCAACGUCAUUAUAUCUCGAAAUUCCAUCCAUCGCUUCACAUGCACUAUCAUCUGUACUCGCCACAGUCGGACCGUACACGGUUAUCGACUACAUGAAUUUUGCUCGAGGGAAACCUAUCUUGGCCAAUGUACCAGACACUCCCGCUGUUGGACUGGAACAUGUCGCGGAGAUCAUUAGCUAUCAUUCUGAGGCUGGCGACUCAAUAUCGCUUGAGACUGCUAGUAUCUCCUCCAUCAGUGUACAAGGUGGUGCUCGCACAUGCCUUCCGUUCUAUUAUGGCGCAAUCUCCGAUAAAAUUGGUGAAGCUUGUGCCUGCUGGCUCGCACGAUGGGGGCAGGAUAUGUUUGCGUAUGAAGAGGCCAAUGCCUCUUCUCCCUCACAACCCACCUCCCGCAGAAGAGCCGACACAGUUCCCUCUGACCACUUUGGCCUUCAUGACGUCUCACCUGUUGUUCCACCCAUAUUUACAUCCUUUCGACCAGGUCAUGGACUGCCCCCGAGGUGGAUACGUGCCUUGAUCUCAUCAGACUCCUUUUUCGUGGCUGAUGAGGUAGCCCGUUACACUUUCGCGAAACGAGUCGUUGAACUUAGACGUACUUUGCGUAGAAACGCUGGAGCUCCAAACGUAUCUGUCAAAGGGAAAGGAAGAGAAACUCAACAACAUGGUUUUGUGGAGCUUUCGUCUGAAGAGGACGAAGAACGAGAGUGGAUCGGUUUGUUUGAGGAUGGGAUAUAUUAUGCUAAUAUGACCCCAGCGGAUUUGAUAGCCAUCUCAACGGAUAUUUCACCGAGUACCAAUCGCCCAUAUGUUCCCCUCCAUGUCCUCCAAACCGCAAAUUGGGAACACACUCGCCUUCGCCAUAUCAUAUCUGCCUCCUUGAAUUCAUCCGGCACGAACGAAAAGGAAAAGAAAGACUUGGGAAUAGGUAUUACAGGCGCAGACAUACAUGUUGCUCAAAUGCAUGCUGUACCUAAUCCAGGACAUCCUGUCCAUCAACAAUUUUUCCUGGUCCCUCACGAUCAAUCUCUCCGCGUAGGAGAUACAAUUAAUACAUCAGGCUCCGCAUUGGCGGAGGGCAACGUUCACAACAACAUCUCUAUGGAUCAAUUGUUCCAGCAAUCGUUUUCACCCCAUGCAAGAACUGCAUCAGCGUCUAAUAGCGGGACCGUAAAAAAUAAUGAAGAGCUUCCAACAACUUCCAACGAGCGCACAUUCUUUGGGCUGCUGCCCGAUACACUCGAUACCCUACUUCGACAUUCGCCUUCGUCUCUCCAUAACGAAGACGACGAAAAACAAACGGAAGUCCACAGUGCUUUUAGUUCCAAACGGAUCUACACCACCCAACCACCAUUCCGCUUUUCCAUCGAGUUUUGGGAUUUGGAUCUGCUGAAAGAGAAACAGCGAUUAUAUUCACAAACGGUUUGGUACGCGGGAAGUUUAUUCAACGUCUAUGUUCAGGUGGCGAAAAAGAAGGAAAGUACUUCAGGGGGUGAUCGAAACAAGUACAGGGAUAGGGAACGCACGAAAGAGUGUGUUGGAAGUGAGAUGCAGUUGGGGAUAUACCUUCACAGGCAGAGCACGGUUGAAUCUAUACCCCCGAAGAGCGCCCCUAGUCCGGGAGUUGUUCUACCGCAGGAGGUGAGAUUCAGAGAUGGAUUUGAUCCGGAUGCUCCAGAGGUUGCGGAACUCAGAGAGGGAGAAAGCGUGUUGAUUGGUAUGGCCCCAUUGCAGUCUGUCAGGUCCAAUUCUCCCCAAGCUGUGGAUUCUAGCAGCAGACGAGAUAAUGCGUCUAGUAGCGGUUGGUUGCGGGCCCAUGCUCGAGGUCCCUCCCUUCCGUUAGGUUUAGGUAGCGGCGGAAAUGGAAAUGGGGGUGGAUCAGGUGGAGUCCCUCAGUCUCCGCAGAGGUCUGGAACACCUCUUUCCCUCGGCUUGACGCGGAGUAGAACCCCCGUGAACAAUAAUAACAACACGAACAGUACGAGAGCCCGACCCGGGACAGGAUCUUCAUCCUCUGGAUCGACCGGUGUCGGUGCUCUGUCCUCGUCCUUACCAAAUGAAACUCUGAACAUGCAACUUGUUCCACCUAAUCCAUCGUGGGUGAACACCGAACCAGCUUCCGCUCCGAAUAGUCCUGUCGUUGGGCAAACCUCACCGUCUCGAGUAAUGGCAAUGACAACUCUGAAUAAUAGCAACAACAAUGGUUCGGGUGGUCCCUCUGCUCUGGUUCUUCGCACAUCUUCGUCGCCCCCAUAUACAGUAUCAUCUUCACCUCCUGCCCAGCAGCCGUACAGAGACCCGCGGCAAGUGAUCUCCGUGUAUUUCAGUGUUUACUGUGCAUCCGCCACUGGGAGUAGGCAAACGAGAUUCCGGAGUGGACCGGACGUGUUUAAGAUUGGACAGAGUUGGGGGUGGAAAAGUGGUGGUCUGUUGGGAACUGCUGCUGCUGCUUCUUCUGGGAAUAAUGAGAGCGCGCAAAUUAUUAGCGCUAAGGAAGAUGGUGGAUUGACGUCGACGGGUAAGGAGUCGAGUUUCAGGGCAACGGUUAUUCUUGGUGUUGUUUAAGGGUAGAUGAUCUCGUUCGUUUCAUGAUUCUAAUCCGAUUUUUCCUGAGAUAAUGACGAUCAUAAUUGUAAUUCAGGUAUCAUUGAAGUUCAACGAGAUAAGUAUGUGUCAGGAUGACUUGCAUAGUAGAUGUGCUAUAACCAACUCGGUGGAACUUUGAAAUCGCCGCAUAUUUGACAAUAUGGCUCGGGUCUUCGGAUAAUCCUACACUCCGUCCUCAUUAUCGACGUCGCCUCCAUUUUAACCGCUCACGACGAAGUCCAUCAACUUCGCAAGUUACUUACCAAGUAGUACUUACUGAGACUCGAUACAUUUCAGGAUUGCCAGGCUUCGUCAGGGAACGUCUUAGACUCUUACCACACCAUUAUUCCGUAGUAUUGGACAUUUUGGGCUGAUCUUACCCGACAUAAAGGCCAGGAAUUGGCUAGGAAUAUUAUCGAUUUCUAG